AUGGUACGGCGGUGUAGACGUCGAUCGGUGCAGUAUGCGAGUUUUUGCGAUGGCUUUCUGAUUCGAGGGAAGGACAUCGAGGCGGAGUGCUUCCAUCGCCAGUACUUUCAUUUCUAUCGAGCGCGAGUGAAGCUACUGCAACAGCGAAUCCUCAGAAAUGCUAAACAGCUCCUCGGUGAAACUUUGGAGCCCUCUCGACUUACUGGAGCAAAAAAAGAGCAUACUGUGCUGGUUAUUGGUACCAUAGCGAAACGAGUUAAACUGAGGCCCAGUGUGCUGCGCGAUCUUGCCGAGGAGCAGCUCAUUCUUCCUCAGCCAAUCGCCGAGAACAAGUAUGUCAUGUUCGUCUCGGGCUUCUCAUUCACCGGCCAAACCGAGAAAGAUGCUCAGAAACUAGUCGCCCUUGAUUUGCUACAGAAGUGGCUCUGCGGUUCGUUAUCAGUAUCACCAAAGGAACGUGGCAUUGUGGAAAGACUGGUUCGACUGGUUGUUGCUGGCGAAAGCGUUGCUAUCACGGAUCAAGGCAGAGAAUUUACAACGGCGGCACGAUAUCUGAUAAAAAACGAGGAAUGUCCGAACGUCGAGUGCGCCGCUCACAUGGAUAAAUUUUUGUCGAAGAUUUCUAGUAUGCUCGAAGUUGAUGUGAUGCCAGGACUGGGAGAUCCCUCAACUCACUUGAUGCCUCAACAGCCAAUUCAUCGUGCCGUGUUUCCGAAAAGUUCACAACACGGAAAAAUGCUGAAUCUCGUCACAAAUCCCUAUCAUUUUAGCUUGGACGGUGUUCACAUAAUGGGAACCUCUGGUGAAAGUCUGUCAGACUUGAGACGAUUCGCAAAAGAAGCAAACAGUGUGGAUUUGCUAAGGAAAAUUCUUGACUGGCAGCACCUGGCUCCGACAGUCCCCGACACAAUCGAUGGCUUCCCGUUUGCGGAACGAGACCCCUUUAUAAUUGAAACCUUCCCCCAUAUACUGUUUGCGGCUAAUCAGUCGGAAGUAUCGCAUGCUAUUGCUGAUUUCGAAGAUGGCAGACGCACACUGCUACUAUCCGUGCCAAGUUUUACCAAGUCCUCUUCGGUGGUGCUUGUAAAUUUGCGCACGUUGGAAGUGAUCGAACAUAAGUUCUCUGUUGACAAGCUCGUCUGUGAUUCAUAG